CCGCUGCCCCGAGCCGGAAGCGGAAGCGGCGGGGCGCGCGCGUCUAUGAGGCGGCGAAGUGCAUAUUUCCAUGUGAAGAUGUGUACUUGAGCUGCUGAAGACGUACUCAGUUUUCCCCAUAAAUGUGUGAUGCCUGAGGUCAAAGGGGUGUAAAAUGGCUAAGAGAGUUGCAGAGAAAGAGCUGACGGACAGGAACUGGGAUCAAGAAGAAGAAACAGAGGAGAUGGGAACUUUCUCAGUGGCCAGCGAAGACGUUUUGAAGAACCGAGCAAUUAAGAAGGCAAAGCGUAGAAAUGUGGGAUCAGAGUCUGACAGUGGAGGUGCUUUUAAAGGUUUUAAAGGUUUUGUUCUGUCUUCUGGAAGUGCUGGGUUUUCUGGCUUUGGCAAUGGCAACGGAACAAAGCCCUUAGUACUAUCCAACGGUAGCAGCAGCGCUACAAAUACUUCAUCAUACAUUGGCUUCAAGGCAGCUGCUGAAACACCAACUACAUUAAUCAGCCCCGUGGUGUCCAGUGGCUCAAUAAAUACUACAGUGGCCGAGAAGAAACCUCCCAGCCUAGAAACGAAUGGCGAGAGUCAGCAGCCUCCGUCCUCGGGAUCCACUCGAAGCCCAGUGUGCAGCUCUGACGUGUACCACAAGCAGCUGGCUGCUCUCAACUGUUCGGUGCGUGACUGGAUAGUAAAGCAUGUCAAUGCCAACCCGCUCUGUGACUUGACGCCCAUCUUCAGAGACUAUGAGAAAUACCUAGCCGAGAUAGAACAACACGGGAUCAGUAGCGACAGUGGCUCGGAAAGCGAUAGCAACAAGGCGGCCAGUGGCCAGCUCAGCGCCGCAUUUGGCAGUUCGAAUCUUCAACAAGCCUCGCCAUUUUUCUUUAGCAGCAACAAGUCUGAGGAUUUGCCUGGAAAGAGUGUGGAACUGGAGAAGAAACCAAAACCAGAACCAAAACUAGGGUCUAAGUCAGCAGUCACGUUUACUUUUGGCAAGAGCGUUGACAGCUCUGGCCUGAAUUCUAGUGCAUUGCCUAAAUUCUCAUUCUCUUCUGGAAGCGCCAGUUUAUUUGGAAAAGACGCGAGCCAGGGUAGUGUUCCUUCGUUUUCUAGCAAGGCGUCAGAUACAUGGAUGGAAAGUUCCAGCAACGAAGAUAAAGGAGGUGGUGAGGAGGAGGAGGAGCCACCAAAAGUUGUUGUUAGUGAAAUAAAGGAAGAUGACGCCUUCUACUCGAAAAAAUGCAAAAUCUUCUACAAGAAAGACAACGAAUUUAAAGAAAAAGGUGUAGGAACGUUACACUUGAAGCCUGCAGGAAAUCAGAAGACUCAGCUGUUAGUACGGGCAGACACCAAUUUAGGCAACAUACUGCUGAACAUUUUGGUGCCCCCUAACAUGCCAUGCUCAAGGACAGGGAAGAAUAACGUCCUUAUUGUCUGCAUUCCAAACCCACCCAUCGAUGAGAAGAACGCCGCUGUUCCUGUUCCUAUGCUGAUCCGGGUCAAAACGAGCGAGGAUGCUGACGAACUGCACAAAAUCCUGACGGAGAAGGAGGAGGCCUGAGGAUGUGGGAUGCUGGGAGGAGAACUUACCAAACUGCU